AUGAGCAGUAUAACUCAUAGGAAGAAUAACGAAACGUAUACUUUCGUCACACCAGCUGCCGAUUCCACCAUAGAGAAAUUAAAUGAGUUCUACUGGACCAAUGAACUCGAGCCUCACGUUCUCAGACGUAAAGCUAUUUUGGCCAAACAUCCUGAAGUGAAAAAAUUGAUCGGUCAUGAACCAUUAACCAAGUACUUAGUAUUAUUAGUAUUGGCCACUCAACUUUACUGCUGCUAUGCUUUAAGAAACACUCAUCCGUUUUCAUGGAGAUUCAUAUUAACAGCUUAUGCAAUAGGUGCUACAGCUAAUCAGAACAUCUUCUUAGCUAUUCAUGAGUUAUCCCAUAACUUGUUGUUCAGGAAACCUUUGCAUAACAAAUUAUUCGCUGUGUUCGUCAACUUCCCUAUUGGGAUUCCUUAUUCAGCUUCGUUCCAACCUUACCAUCAAUUACAUCAUAAAUUUUUAGGUGAUGAGUACUUGGACACUGAUUUACCCACCAGAGUUGAAGGAUUCUUAUUUUCAAAUGUUUUAGGGAAAGUUUUCUUCACUACUUGUCAGAUUCUUUUCUAUGCUUUACGUCCAAUGUUUGUAACCCAAAUUAAAUUCACUUACAUUCAUUUAGUUAAUGUGGUUUACCAAUUUGGAGUUGACUACUUGAUCGUUAAAUACUGGGGAUGGUACUCCAUGAGUUACUUCAUAAUGAGUUCUUUCUUAGCCGGAUCAUGGCAUCCUUGUGCUGGACAUUUCAUUGCUGAACAUUACGUGUUGAAUGAAAAUAACAGACAAAAACUGAAAACUGAAAACAAUGUCAAUAUCUCCAAGGAAUUAUUGCCCGAGGAAACUUAUAGUUACUACGGAUCGUUAAACCACAUCACAUGGAAUGUAGGUUAUCAUAAUGAACAUCAUGACUUUCCUUACAUUGCAUGGACUAAAUUACCUGAAUUAAAUCGUAUUGCCAAAGAAUUCUAUGAUCCUUUGCCUAAAGUUAAUAGCUGGGUGGGAGUUAUAGUUUGGUUCAUCCUUAAUGACGUUAAUGAUUUAUGGAAUAGAGUUAAAAGAUCAGGAAAACAAACAAAUGGUUCAAAAGUAGGAGGUUUAGAUAGUAACUGA